UUUCUUCGCUUUCGGGUGACUGCGCGAUUGCAAUCGAGAUUUCCGUGCGUUUGAUUGGUGGAGCGAGAGUGCUGGUCUCCGCCGAUUGGUUUCGGAGGAAUCCGCCCCGUAGACGUCCGUGGGGCGCACAGUCUCAGUUGUCCGCUAGUUUCCUGCCGGCUGGCGGCCUUCCGUUGCAAUCAUGGUGGACGUGAUGGAGUUGCCCAAGGUGCGCAUCAACGCCAGCAUGCUAGCUCAGUUCAUAGACCAGCCCGUUUGCUUCGUAGGGAGGCUGGAGAAGAUUCAUCCCACUGGGAAAAUGUUUAUUCUUUCAGAUGGAGAAGGAAAAAAUGGAACUAUUGAGUUGAUGGAGCCUCUUGAUGAAGAAAUCUCUGGAAUCGUGGAAGUAGUUGGAAGAGUAACGGCCAAGGCAACCAUUAUGUGUGCAUCUUAUGUCCAGUUUAAAGAAGAUAACCAUCCUUUUGAUCUUGGACUUUACAAUGAAGCUGUGAAAAUUACCCAUGAGUUCCCUCAGUUUUUUCCUUUGGGGGUUGUGCAGUAUGGUUGAACUUGAUGAAUUUUUUAUGAUUGCCAGUGAGCUACACUGAAGAUUAUUAAAGGAGGCCCCGAUAUUUAAAGGAGAGAUUCCUGUGAUUUUUAAUACUGUUAUUUGUUCUCUUUUUAAUUUCAUUUACCUAACGUUAUUAGAUAUUCCAUUAUGCCAUUUUCAACAGAACUGGUUUAUUGACAGUUCUCACCUAAGUCCUCAUAAAGAAUCAUUUCUCUGGCAUAUGGUCAGAUUAGAUGCAAGAAAAAAGCAGCUGGCUGAGUUUAGUUUUCUGUUUUAUUAAUAAAAGUUUAAAUGAUA